GAGUAAGUAGGUGUAGAAGCGCAAACAUUUCAAACAAUUGAACCUUCCUUUUCUGUACAAUACGACACCGUUUACAACCACACCGACUAUCACCUAACAUUUUCCGGCAACAUGUGCAGAAGCUCCGGUUCACCUCCGGAUCAUCAAUCCGAUCAUGUUUCUACCGAUUCCGUUGAGACUACUGUCUAUAUUUCAACUUCCGGUGGCCGUACUAUUCCGGCACACGCUCAAAUUCUGGCAUCAGCGUCGCCAGUGUUGGAAAGCAUAAUUGAUAAUUUGAGGAAGCACCAGAGACUUGAGGAGGCGAUUACGAUUCCAGGUGUUCCGUGUGAUGCUGUGGAGGUCUUCGUCAACUUCAUGUAUACCAAUCGAUGCAGCGAAGUGGAGAUGGAGAAGUUCGGGAUUCAUCUGCUAGCGUUGGCUCAUGUUUACAUGGUACGGCAGCUGAAGACGCAGUGCAGCAAGGCGUUGGUCCGACGGCUGACGGUGGAGAACGUGGUGGAUGUUCUUCAACUUGCAAGGCUAUGUGAUGCACCUGAUCUUUACCUAAAGUGUAUGAGAUUAAUAUCCAAUAGAUUCAAGCCGGUUGAGGAAACCGAAGGAUGGAAAUUCCUACAAAACAAUGAUCCAUUCCUUGAACUCGAAAUCCUCAAGUUCAUCGAUGAAUCUGAAUCGAGGAGAAAGAGUACUAAGAAGCAUCUGCAAGCACAAACUGUGUAUUUCCAACUAAGUGAAGCCAUGGAUUGUUUAUACCAUAUCUGCACACAAGGUUGCACAAGUGUAGGACCACACGACAAGGAACCAAUCAAGAACCGAGCACCCUGCAGCAAGUUCACGACAUGCCAAGGCCUCCAACACUCGAUACAACACUUCGCAAGCUGCAAGAAGAGAGUUAACGGAGGCUGUGUUCGGUGUAAACGUAUGUGGCAGCUCUUCAAACUCCACUCCUCAAUUUGUGAUCAAUCACCUGAUACAUCUUGUAAAGUCCCCCUCUGCAGGCAAUUUAAAACGAAAGGGAAGCAAGUGAAUAACAAGAAGGAAGAAGCAAGAUGGGAAUUACUAGUUAGAAAAGUGGAAGCGGCUAAAGCUGUAUCGUCGGUUUCAUUACCGAAGACGAAGAUAGAACACCAAGAUUAUGAACAAGAAGAAGAACCAAGAUCAUUUAGGGAAGCCAUGAAUUGUCAUGUAAGUGUAGCAUGUUGAAUAGGGGUUUUUGGCCCAAAUAAGUUGGGUUUAGUAUGAUAGGAAUGGUAAAAAUGGAGUUGUUUGUACACAUGCUGAGGCGAGGGGGUUUUAUGGGUAUUUUGCCCACCUUUUCUUUGGUUGUUGGGUUGGUGAUGAUGAUGUUUAGUUUUAGGUUGGUGAGGAGUCUUAAAAAGUAGUAUUUGUGAAUUGUGAUUGAGAAAAAGAUUGAGUUUGUUUAUUUAUUUAUUUACGAGUGAAUUACAAGUUUUGUUUUUUUAUCUU